GAUGAACAAAAGGAACAUGACUUAAGACCUGCUUUAAAAGAGAAGGAAACUGAAGCCUUGCAACAAAGGACUCAAGAGAUGGACACACAUGAACAAAAGCAACAUGAUUUAAGACCUGCUCUAAAAGAAACGGAAACUGACGCUGAAGCUGAAGCCUUGCAGCAAAGGACCCCAGAGAUGGAUACAGAUGAACAAAAGGAACAUGACUUAAGACCUGCUUUAAAAGAGAAGGAAACUGAAGCCUUGCAGCAAAGGACUCAAGAGAUUGACACACAUGAACAAAAGCAACAUGAUUUAAGGACCCUAGAGAUGGAUACACAUGAACAAAAGGAACAUGACUUAAGAUCUGCUUUAAAAGAGAAGGAAACUGAAGCCUUGCAGCAAAGGACUCAAGAGAUGGACACACAUGAACAAAAGCAACAUGAUUUAAGACCUGCUCUAAAAGAAACGGAAACUGAAGCUAAAGCUGAAGCCUUGCAGCAAAGGACCCCAGAGAUGGAUACAGAUGAACAAAAGGAACAUGACUUAAGACCUGCUUUAAAGGAGAAGGAAACUGAAGCCUUGCAACAAAGGACUCAAGAGAUGGACACACAUGAACAAAAGCAACAUGAUUUAAGACCUGCUCUAAAAGAAACGGAAACUGACGCUGAAGCUGAAGCCUUGCAGCAAAGGACCCCAGAGAUGGAUACAGAUGAACAAAAGGAACAUGACUUAAGACCUGCUUUAAAAGAGAAGGAAACUGAAGCCUUGCAGCAAAGGACUCAAGAGAUUGACACACAUGAACAAAAGCAACAUGAUUUAAGACCUGCUCUAAAAGAAACGGAAACUGACGCUGAAGCUGAAGCCUUGCAGCAAAGGACCCCAGAGAUGGAUACAGAUGAACAAAAGGAACAUGACUUAAGACCUGCUUUAAAAGAGAAGGAAACUGAAGCCUUGCAGCAAAGGACUCAAGAGAUGGACACACAUGAACAAAAGCAACAUGAUUUAAGACCUGCUCUAAAAGAAACGGAAACUGACGCUGAAGCUGAAGCCUUGCAGCAAAGGACCCCAGAGAUGGAUACAGAUGAACAAAAGGAACAUGACUUAAGACCUGCUUUAAAAGAGAAGGAAACUGAAGCCUUGCAGCAAAGGACUCAAGAGAUGGACACACAUGAACAAAAGCAACAUGAUUUAAGACCUGCUCUAAAAGAAACGGAAACUGACGCUGAAGCUGAAGCCUUGCAGCAAAGGACCCCAGAGAUGGAUACAGAUGAACAAAAGGAACAUGACUUAAGACCUGCUUUAAAGGAGAAGGAAACUGAAGCCUUGCAACAAAGGACUCAAGAGAUGGACACACAUGAACAAAAGCAACAUGAUUUAAGACCUGCUCUAAAAGAAACGGAAACUGAAGCUGAAGCUGAAGCCUUGCAGCAAAGGACCCCAGAGAUGGAUACAGAUGAACAAAAGGAACAUGACUUAAGACCUGCUUUAAAAGAGAAGGAAACUGAAGCCUUGCAGCAAAGGACUCAAGAGAUGGACACACAUGAACAAAAGCAACAUGAUUUAAGACCUGCUCUAAAAGAAACGGAAACUGACGCUGAAGCUGAAGCCUUGCAGCAAAGGACCCCAGAGAUGGAUACAGAUGAACAAAAGGAACGUGACUUAAGACCUGCUUUAAAAGAGAAGGAAACUGAAGCCUUGCAGCAAAGGUGA